AUGAGCCAACCUCCUCAGAUCCAUGUAUCGCCAGAUCAUCUACUAUCUUGCGAUCCUUUUCCAAAAACCGUUCCUUAUCUUGCACUUAGUCAUUGUUGGGGAGGCGAUGUGGCUCUAAAAACAACUAAGGAGAAUUACCUCGAGAGACAACGGAGGAUCAGUUUCGCUGAUAUUCCUGGAACUUUCCAGGAUGCUGUUACAGUCACACGAGAUGUGGGUUUGAAUUAUCUCUGGAUCAAUGCAAUGUGCGCAGUCGACGAUGAAGAUUACAAAAAUCUCGACAAGCAAAAUCUGCAUGAAGCUCGAAAUUCGUUUGCACGCAUUGUUGGAUGUAACGGCGAUGUGUCUGCGGUUUAUGUCUACCACAACAUCAUCCAUGCUGAUCCUUUCGAGAUUGUGAAAGGGAAGGUGAUCCAGCCACUACAAAAGCGAGCAUUGACUACGCAAGAACAAGCACUCCCUACGAGAAUGGUGCAUUUCACUCAGCACGAGCUUUUCUGGCAUUGUGAGCAGGCAUAUCAGUUUGAAUGUGAAACUGUGUACCGCGGCAUUACCGGAGAGGGAAAAGGCUUUUUCACAAACGCACAAAAGGCUCUGUGGUUAUACAUCAAUGCUGAAGAUCCCCACAUUCAAAACGCUAGUUGGAAAACUGUGCUUAAUCUCUACUGGAGGAGAAAUAUCACCAACAAAAUGGACUUUUUACCAGCGUUAGCGGGGAUAGCUAGCAAAGCGUCUUGUGGACUCAUGUGGUCAGUCAGCUUUUUGAGCCCAAGAUCCCAGCGCGUUAUCCCUUACAGAGCUCCUAGUCGGUCUCGAGUCUCCCUAGAAGCCACUUCAGGCAAACCCUUCCCUGACAUCAUUGUUACCAGAUUCUACGGUGAGGACACUCAUCUAGAGACUUGGGCAGAUGUGGAAAAUGCGUUUUGCGUUCCAGAUGGGAUGAACAUUUUUGGGGCAGUCUCCUCUGGUGAGAUCAAAAUUACGGGACGGAUAUUUCAAACCAAACUCACCUUCUUCUACUUCCGCGCCCUGGAGCUCGGUCAACCCAAAUUGGUAAUCUUGAAGUUAUAUCACCGACAGCCAAUAAUCACCUCAAGAUUUACAUUCACCCCGACAUAA